CCACAGAGAAAGACGAGCAGGACUUCGCUGGAACACGCCAGAGGAAAUGACGUAAGCGGAAGAGCUUUUCAGUGGCGGUUAUCACUACUGAUUCCUGAAAUAAUCAGGCGGGUGUUGAAUAAGAAGCUUAAUGGUCGGGAUAUGCGCUGUACACAUCACAUAAACUACAGCCGAGGAGCCAUAAACAAAAGCAGCUCGUAUGGAGAGCACAUGGAAAGACUCGAGGCCUAGCAGCCCUUUGCUCAGCCUGGAUGAAGAUGAAACCAGUCAGCAUUUAAAUGAGGCUUGUUUACUGAGUGACUCUGAACUACCUUUUGAUGAUCGAGGAUCCUCUUAUGAUUUUUCUAACGUGGUCGUUCCAGAAACUCCAGAAAGCCCUCUCACUUUUCGAAGAAAACGGCAUUCCCAAGUAACUGAUAAUUACAGUGGGGUUGCACUAUGUGGCCCAGAUGCCAAAAAGGACAUGAUUCCUGGAUACCUCCACACAACCCCAAGCUCUCAUAGGACACUGAAACGAAGGAGACUACAAAAUCAUAUAGGAGGUAUUAAUAAUAUACAGGCAGGAAAUGGAACAGGAUUUGUACCUGCCUCAUCUCUUUUACCUGAAUUCACUUGGCUGGAGUCUCCACGCCCUUCGCAGUCCACCGUCUCCUUGUCUUCCACUUCUACCAUCUCAUGUUCUGCUGCAGCUCCUGAAUGCUCUAUCCUGGGAGCUGCUGCUGAUCAGACUUCUCCCAGUGGUCAUUCCUUUGAGCAAAAAAAACUUAAUAAAUGCAAUAAGGAACAGAGAGUGAAAAAGGCAGCAACUAUAAUUAGCCAUGGGUCCUCUAGGAGUACAUCAACAGCACUUUCACUUGCAGCAGAGGAGAGACACUUACUAGGUACAGACACAGAAAGAAGAGGUGGAUGUGUACAAGAAGAGAUUGUCGUUAUUGAUGAGGAUGAUGAUGAUAUGGUGGUUGAGGCUACGGUUCGCUCUAUUCAAAUGGCUGAAGACGAGGCAUUUGCCAGAAGCCUCCAGGAGCAAUUUGAUAGAGAGGAACAGCAUCAUCAGGAGCAAAGUCGAUUACAGACCACAUCACCCAACAGACACAUGCAAAACCUCCCAUUUGAUUCGUAUGUAGGGUUGAGCUGGAUCUCUCCCUGGGCCUCCAUGAUGCACUCAGCACCUUUCUCAGAGCUGCAGCAGGCUAUGGUUGUGGGGCAGCCCAGCAGGCAAAUAAGACAGACUCGGGGAGGUCGCAGCUCUCGCCGCAGAAACAGUCCACAUGUGCCUUUAGACCUGCUUGAUGACAGCCAGGGAAAUAACUAUGAGGCCCUUCUGGAAUUUGAGGAGAUCCAGGGAGCUGUGAUGGCCAAGAACACCCUCAGUAAAGGGGAGAUUGAGAGACUCCCUACAAAAGCUUAUGACCCUUCACACAAUGCAGGGAAGACAGAUUGCCAAAUCUGUUUCUCUGACUACAAGAAAGGAGAGAAGCUUCGAAUUCUGCCAUGCUUCCAUGACUACCAUGUGAAGUGCAUUGACCGCUGGUUGAAAGAGAACGCCACCUGUCCUAUCUGCAGGGCGGACGUGUCAUUGUAAUGUACAUUAUCUCAGGACUGCUUCUCUACCUCACAACACAAGACUACAAAAUCUGUAUUGUAUGCAUGCAAUUUUAAUUUACAGGUGCCUCUGAAAAGUCUUUUUUCUAAACAAAAAGACUAAUGUAAUGGAUGGACCAGCAUAAAUUCUUUGAUCGCAAUAUAUUCAAUACAUCCAGGUGCACUGUUAAAAUUUACUACUGUGCAUAUUAUUAUUUUUUAAUAAAAUUCAUUUUUCCUCACA